AUGGCUUUCCUGCUGGCAGUGCUGGGCGCCGUGCUCUGCUCCUUCAUGGUUUCUUCUGAAGUCCUACCGCAGGCAGACUUCAGUGUGCAGGGGAUGGCAGGGAAGUGGUACCUGAUUGGUUUUGCCACUAAUGCCCAGUGGUUUGUCAGCCGCAGAGCCAGCAUGAAGAUGGGCACGGGCCUGAUGACCCCGACCGCUGAUGGGGACCUGGACAUGUCCUACAGCAGUCUGAACUCUGACGGCAGUUGCUGGAAACUGGACAACCUGGCAAAGAAGACUGAUGUGCCCGGAAAGUUCACGUACACAAGCUGGGGGGAUGUGAACGACAUGUGCAUUGUUGAAGUAAAGUAUGAUGAGUACGCCCUGAUUCACAACGUUAAGAGUAAGGGGAGCGACAGCACCGUUGUCAACAAACUAUAUGGCCGUGGAGUGGACCUCACUGCUGAUCUGCUGGAGAAGUUCAGGCAGUUCUCUCUGGAGACGGGAGUCCUGCAAGAAAAUAUAGCUUUCCUUCCUAAAAAUGCGGAGUGCCCAGCUGCUUAG